AUGGCAGAAUCAAUGGAAAUUCAAGAUGCCCCCAGAGAGCGAAGCAAAGUCCAAGUUACUGCAAUUAUGAUAGCGCUUUCAUUAUCGAUGUUUAUCGCCGCACUUGAUCAAACGAUCAUGGCAACAGCGAUCCCAACAAUCGCAGCGUAUUUCCACUCUUCUGCUGGAUAUACGUGGAUUGGCGGAGCUUAUCUGCUUAGCUCCGCCGCCAGCGCAUGUAUCUGGGCCAAGCUUUCUGAUAUCUGGGGACGGAAACCGAUCUUGCUUUUGGCUGUUGGGUGGUUUUUCCUUAGCUCCAUUCUUUGUGCUGCUUCUACGAGCAUGGAGAUGUUGAUUGCCGGUCGAGCGCUGCAGGGUGUUGCUGGUGGUGGUUUGCUCCAGCUCGUUACGAUUAUCAUUUCGGAUUUGUUCAGUGUUAGACAUCGCAGUCUAUACCUCGGCCUGAUGGAGGUCAUGUGGGCUUUUGCUGGUGGUGUUGGACCAUUGCUUGGCGGUGCAUUCAGCCAGUACGUCACUUGGAGAUGGACUUACUGGAUCAAUCUCCCGAUCUCCGGGGUGACCUUUGUGCUCCUUUUCUUUUUCUUGGAUGUGCAUAACCCCCAGACGAAAAUCAUGGAUGGUGUCCGCGCCAUUGACUGGUUCGGCAGUCUCUCAGUUCUAGGUCUUACUCUCAUGCUGCUGCUGGGAUUGGACUUUGGUGGUGAGACAUUUGCCUGGAAAUCACCGCAGGUCAUCUGUCUGAUUGUCUUUGGAUCGCUAUGUUCUUUGCUGUUCGUCUACAGCGAGAAGAAAUUAGCCAAGUAUCCCUUGAUGCCUAUGGAUAUCUUUACUCGAUUCUCUAACAUUGCCACCUUAUUGGUAGCCUUUGCGCAUGGUUUCGUCUUCAUCGCUGGGGAAUACUAUAUCCCGCUCUACCUACAAUCCGUACACGGCUCCUCACCAAUGGGCUCCGGUGUCCUUAUUCUUCCACUAGUAGUGAUGGAAGCAUUCUCCGGCAUGUUCACUGGCGCGAUCAUUCACCGCACAGGCCGAUACCUCGAGCUCAUCUGGAUCGGCCUAGUACUAAUGACUAUCGGAAAUGGACUAUACAUCAACCUAGGCGUGGGAUCCUCCGUCGGUAAGAUAGUCGGAUACCAGAUCCUCAGCGGUCUCGGCGCCGGAUUCCUCUUCCAAACACCCAUCAUCGCUAUCCAGGCCAUGGUCUCCCAGGAAGACACUGCGACCGCGACGGCAACAAUCGGGUUCAUUCGCAACAUGGCAACCGCGGCUUCCAUUGUGAUCGGCGGCGUCGUCUUCCAGAAUAGUAUGGGCCAGAAACAGUCCAGCUUGUUGGCUUCUGGUAUGUCGCCUAGCAUGGCGGCUCAGAUGUCUGGGGAUUCGGCGGCUGCGAGUAUCGAGUCGAUUAAAUUCAUUACCGACCCCGAGCAGUUGCUUGCUGUUAGGGAGGCUUUUGCUUGGAGCUUGAGGAAUAUGUGGAUUCUUUAUACGUGCAUGUCGGCUGUUGGGGUCUUCUUUUCGGCUUUUAUUCUUAAGGCCAAAUUGACUAAGGAGCAUGUUGAGACUAAGACGGGAUUGAAUGUUGAGAAGACGCCGGUUGUUGAGGAGAAUGUAUGA